AUGUCGAACCAAAGACAAGCCUCAUCCGCCUCCCAAGUCCCCCACCUCUCACCCGCCGAACUUUCCUACCUCUACACCUCCCUCAGUCUCCCCAAAAACCCAAUUCGACCAGACGGCCGCUCACCAACACAAUUUCGGCCUCUGUCUGCCGAGACAACCAUCCUCCCCGGCACAAAUGGCAGCGCGCGCAUCGGUUUCGCAGACGGCACGCAAGCGAUCGUCGGUGUCAAAGCCGAGGUCGAGAAGACAGUCCUCGCAGCUGAUACACUCGACUCACGCAGUUUGGCGCAGCAUGGCGAUGCGCUGAAUCGCGAGGGCGAGGAAGGCUCCGCUGCUGUCUCUGGGCAGGGAGAGUGGGUUCAGAUGUCUAUUGAGAUCCCGGGGUUCAGGGACGACGAUGCGCUUCCUGUUUUCUUGGGUGAGAUGAUGCGCGAGAGUCUGGUUGGUUCUGUUGAGAAUAAGGAUGAAAUGGCUGGUGGGUUGAAGGCGAGACUCGUUAUCAACAAGCGCUGGCAUUGGCGGUUGUAUAUCGAUGUUCUUUUACUCUCUCAACCCCUCGCUUACCCCCUUCCCCUCCUCUCUCUCACAACCCACCUCGCACUCCUUAGCACUAAGCUCCCAAAAUUGAAGUCCACAGGCGAAGAAGACCCCUUCUUCGACGAUGACUGGGCUGCUGCUGAGUACCUGUAUCCGCGUUCAAAAUCAUCGACCGGCUCAUUUAACACUGUCCGCCCACCCGUGACCCUUCUAGUGAUCUCUGUUGGCGAGAACGUCAUCUUCGACCCCAAUCGUGAGGAAAUUGCCGUCGCAGACGCCGUGCUGGCCAUUUCUAUCACCCGCAGCCAUGACUCUGAGACCUUGAAAUUGCUCUCUAUCCGAUCUAUUGACCCGCCUUCCCGCUUAACCCAGCCUGCCAUUCCUAAUUCUGAGAAUGUGAAUAUUCUCAGUGCUACGCAGGGCGAGGAGGGCGCUGGUCAGGAAGAGGUUAGCGGUGUUUGGAGACCUAGGCGGGGUGGUAUUAAGCGCUCUGUGAUCGCGCGCAUGGUUAAGACUGUACUUGGGAAGGGGGGUGUUGGCGAAGAGGUCCUUGAAGGCCUCGAGGGUGUUGAGGUGCAAUAG